UGGUUGCUUAUGGUUGCAUCACUAUUAAAUCUUUGCCUUUUGACAGCAUCCAUCUGUUCUUAUUCCCCAAAAGGGAAACAGGAAAAGCAUAGACAUAGAUAAACAGGUCCUAGAUUAUCUGUUCUUAAUGUCGUACAUCUUUUUAUAGGAACAUAGCAAAUAAAGUCACCUGCUUUUUAACAACGCAGGUGUAGCUUACCUAUCCACAAAAGGAUUUGCCUUUCCACUUCUCUUAGCAUCUGGUAAGUGCAUCUGGUAAGUGUCAUGUAAUUUGUAAAACAGGUUGGUAAAAUUGAACAGUAAAUUCCUUUGUAGUACCAACCUAUAUUCGUGCUGUAGACUUUCUGUACCAUCCCUGCAAGGAAUGAAACCUCUUUGAUCAUGCUAGGAGUUAUGUUUGAACUAUGAAAAGGUGAGGACACAACCCAUCCUUGAUGCUCUUUUAGUCAAUAACUCCUAAAAGAAAUUUUGUUAACAUGGUCUUCAGCUGUAGAUGGUGAACUACAGAGAUCAGUUCAUCAAGAGUUCUUGGCCCAGUUAUGAAAAGUGUUUUUAGUCAUUGAAUUUUAUUAUUAGCAAUAUGCAAAUACAAAUGCAUAUGGUAUUUAAACUUGGUAUAAGAUCAUUUAAGAUGCAUUGUAUGACUUGAAUGAUAUGAAUGCCAAAUGGUUUAUCCAUAACCUCUUUGUGAGAGUCUUUACCUUCUAUAAGAUCCAUAUCAGUUGUGGAACUUUGUUGCAUUAGCAUCACUAUAUAGGUUUUCUGAAGGAAAUGGACCAUGAAUUCAGAGUUCCUAGCAUUUUAGUGUGCUUCUGUGUUUGGGGCAAUUAUCAUCUAAGUCCUGUUACUGUUGGAUGAACAAUUUUGUGGGGACAACUGAGGCUAAUGCAAAAGCUCAGUGUGUACUCAAGUAACAGAAUAUAUUUUAUAUUAACCUUUCCCUUGUGUAAGACUAACAUUGGGACCAACCAUCGUAUAGAGGACUGUAGGGUGGUUUGCAUUUUUUUUUUUUUUUGGGGAUCAGCAGUAUUCUGUAGCUAGUGCAGCAACAUGAUUUCUGUAACCUUGUAUUCUUUAGUGGGAAAGGGAAGUCAAAGAAAGAAAGCAACAUGGCCUGUCCACUCACGCCCUUCCCCUUGAUGAAAGAAAGCUUGAUUCAUAUCCAUUUCACUAUCAUUUGGAACAUCUCUCUCUCUCUCUCUCUCUCUCUCGCUUUGCUAUGAGCCAUGCGACUAUAAAGAACCUAUUUUCCCAGAAACAAGAAGAAUAUGUAGUUGAAGAGAAAGAGAAAGAAGAGCUCACAAGUUAAUAGGGCAGAAUGGAUGGCCCCCCACCUACAGAACAAGUUCUGAAGUUUCACAAGGAGUCCAAGAUAGACAAUUCCGGCUCCAAGAGAAGGAAGAUGGUUCAGAAGACUGUGAUCACAUUCAGAAUUGAAGCAGAUGCUGGGAAGCAGAAGGGCGAAUGUCCACCUUCAGAUUUUUGGUCUUGGAGAAAAUAUGGACAGAAACCCAUCAAAGGGUCUCCCUAUCCUAGGGGUUAUUACAGGUGCAGCACCUCCAAAGGUUGUUCAGCCAAGAAGCAAGUGGAGAGGAGCAGAACAGAUUCAUCAGUUCUCAUCAUCACCUACACCUCAGAUCACAAUCAUCCAGGCCUUCAUCUCCCCUCUAUCAGUCCAAAUGAAACAUUCCUCCAGAGUCUGUCCAUUAACCAUGACUGCCCCACAACUAAGACCCCAAACCAACCUAACCCCACAAGCGAAGAAAGCCUCAACAAGGAGAAAUCCCCCCUCCCAUCUCCACCCAAAAACUCCCAAGAGAUCACCCUACACAAUCCACCAACAGAUAUAGAAGGAGCCCAUUGUCAUCAACUAAAUAUCCUCUUUGAUGAAGGGGACCCCCUCCCUUACCCCAACUCGAUGACCUUCUCAUCAACAGCAUCAAAGACUAAUGAGGAGAAUGACUUCUUCGAUGAGCUAGAGGAGCUGCCCAUCCCUCCAUCUAUCACAAACUUGGUCCGAGAAAGCUUCCUCGAUGAAAGGAUCCUUUUCGUCCCUUCUCAAACUAUAUUCUAGAUGGACUUCUUCAUGCUGUACAAACCAUGGUAGUUUCUUUUUCUUGUUUUCCUCGCUCUUUUUCCUCCGAGCGUACAUAAUUGUCUCUUAAUCGGAAAGAAAUCAUCAUGUGGUACUAAUGAUGAGAACCGCUCAACUCAUAGGGCUUAUAUAUGUGUGCAUGCACAUUUGUGUGUAGAAAUCUUCAGUUCUAUAACAUACAACCUAUAAAUUCUUGUAAGAAAGCUCACAGAUAUAUCUCUUAUCAUCAGCGACUUGUUUAAUCUUUCUUGACGCUACCAAAUAAUCCAUCAUGUACUUAUUUUUAAGGAAUAAGUCUGUAAAUUAACAAUGUA